UGCAACAUUUCUUCAUCCACUUCAUUUGCAGUUCUUCUGUGUUUAGAAGCAUCCAAGAUGGGGCAGAACAAAACCAGAAUGCUGAGGACUCUUCUCCUUGCCACCUUCUUUCAGCUCACACUGGGCAACAGCGUUUUUCUUGAGCAAAAGAAAGCUCUUUCAUUGCUGAGGCGCACACAACGAGCUAACAAGGGGUUCAUGGAAGAGCUACUUAAAGGUAAUCUAGAGCGGGAGUGUCUAGAGGAAACCUGUGUCUAUGAGGAGGCCCGCGAAACCUUUGAAUCCAACAUCCAAACAGAUAUAUUCUGGGCACAGUAUUCAGUUUGUAGCACUGUAUUGAAAAAGAGAGCAAUUCUGGAUGAGUGUUUGAAAGGUUCCUGUGCCCUAGGAAUAGGGCAGAAUUACAGGGGAAAGAUUUCAGUCACCAAAUCAGGAACUGAAUGUCAGUUCUGGUCCAGCAAAUUUCCUCACAAACCUCAGUUCAAUGAAACAACUCAUCCAGGUGCCAAUCUCACUGAAAACUACUGUAGGAACCCCAACGACAACUCCCAAGGGCCUUGGUGCUACACCCGUAAUCCAGGAGUACCAAUAGAAGAAUGUGCUAUUCCUGUGUGUGGUGAGAACCGGACAACAGUUCCCCUCUCUCCAACACGUCCACAUUCGCAAGAGCAAACACAGGAGGAGGAAUGUGUACCUGAGGAAGGGUUGCUCUAUACAGGGACUCUUUCUGUCACAGAGUCUGGAGACCAGUGCUUGCCAUGGGCUUCAGAAAAAGUAAGACACUUGAGCGACAGAAAAAACUUCCUGAAAGAAGUGCCCCUGGUGGAGAAUUACUGCCGCAACCCUGAUCAUGAUGAGGAAGGGGUCUGGUGCUACGUAGACCACCCAAACAGGACCUACAACUAUUGCAACUUGAACUACUGUGAAGACAAUUUAAAUUAUGCUGAUGAUGUUGCCGAGGACCAAAUAGGAGGACGAACUACUAUCCAGCAACAUGAAACUUUCUUUGAUCCUAAGACAUUUGGUGAAGGCGAAGCAGAUUGUGGCAUCCGUCCCCUGUUUGAGAAAAAGAAAAUCUCUGACAGCACGGAGAAUGAGCUACUGGAGUCCUAUUUGCAAGGCCGAAUUGUGAAGGGGGUAGAUGCUGAAGUGGGCAGUGCUCCUUGGCAAGUCAUGAUAUUCAAGAAGAAACCACAGGAGCUGGUAUGUGGUGCUAGUCUCAUCAGCAAUCGCUGGGUCCUCACUGCUGCACAUUGCAUUUUCUAUCCACCCUGGGAUAAAAAUUACACAACCGAUGACCUCCUUGUACGGAUUGGCAAACAUAACAGGAUACGAUAUGAACAGGGCAAGGAGAAAAUUAUCUUCCUGGAUAAAAUCAUCUUCCACCCCAAAUAUAACUGGAUGGAAAAUCUGGAUCGGGACAUUGCACUAUUACGUCUAGCGAAGCCUGUACCUUUCAGUGAUUAUAUACACCCAAUAUGUUUGCCUACCAAGCAGGUUGUUCAGAGCCUAUUGUUAACAGGAUAUAAAGGCCGUGUUACUGGUUGGGGUAAUCUGUUUGACACCUGGGGCGCAGGGUCACGACAACUGCCCAGCGUGCUGCAGCAGGUGAAUCUCCCCAUUGUGAGCCGGGACAUCUGUAAAGCAUCCACUAAUAUUAAAGUCACAGACAAUAUGUUCUGUGCAGGUUAUAGUCCUGAAGAAAGCAAGAGAGGAGAUGCUUGUGAGGGUGACAGUGGGGGCCCUUUUGUCAUGAAGCAUCCAACAGAAGAACGGUGGUAUCAAGUAGGCAUUGUCUCCUGGGGAGAAGGUUGUGAUCGAGAUGGCAGAUAUGGAUUCUAUACCCAUAUGUUCCGUCUGAAGAAAUGGAUGCAAAAGGUUACUGAGAAACAUGGCCGUUAAAUAGGAAUCAAAAUUUGCAUUUGCACCUUGGUUUACAGACAUAGAAUAAUUAAACCGUACAAUACUAAAAGCCUUCCCGAGUCAUUCCUGAAUAAAGAUUUUUAGAUAAAACACUUGGUUUUUUUCCUGGUAUCAACUGCAGGCAAUUUCUGUUGAAUUAUCAGCCAAAUCAUCCGGAUAAUGGAAGGACAUCCAUGCACGAUUACUCAAAGCACACCUUUAGAAUCUGACAGAACAUUUCUGCAUCCCUAAAUGUAUACCUUUAAUAUAGGAAGCUGCAAGGCAAAUAAUACAAGUUGCAAGAAGUUGGCUUUCCUGUUUCUUUGGAGAGUAAAGUGUUCUGCGGGAAAGAAAUUAUAUGUAGCAGAAUUUUAACCUGGCAGGGAUUACAAACCGGCAAAGGUUUUGCAUCCAACCACAUGUUUUAUUUAAUGAUUAAAAACCAGCCUUUUUGUGUUUGAGAGAUCCCUUCUGCUUGAAAGGCAACAACGGCUUUCAUCCUAAAUGUCAUAGAAUUGACUCCAUUGUUAGAGAGGUUGCUACCUCAUUAAAGGGCAAGCUACUGAAAAGGCAUCUUUGGACCAGUGUUGUCCAAGGUUCAUGCCCACAAGCCCAGAAACAAGAAGAUAUGCUUGUUUGUUAAAGUUUGGCAAUAACAGCAUUUAUUUAAUUAAAUAUUUUCCCCUGAACAAUCAAGGAGUAUCCAUUGGAAGAGGCUAAUUUACAGUUUCAUUUGUAACUUCAUACCCUUCAACCUCUAACAGACAUUCUGAUACUUCAAACACUCAAUGGUUUAAAGAAAAGGGUAAA